UGCCGCUACGACUGCGAGCGAUCUUAACCAGGAUCAGCCAGAUCAAACAUUCUCCAAAUUUCCACAUUUAUCGUGGGGAGCUUCCCCAACCUUACCAACUCGAUCUGACCUCUUUACAUAGCUUCAAUGUUCUCCGUUUCCCUCCAGACGCGUUACCUUUGGUUCUGCUGGGACACUGCUGAUGAGAGUCGCUCGAAUGUCGAGCUCAUAUCACCGCUGGAUUGACGAGACCUAGUCGCCAUGGCCAGCUUGGCCAAACCGCAACAGGGCCACUCGAGAGUCGAGGAGAAGCGCACGACGCGCGACGGCCCCAAACCACGUAGGACGUUUCUCUCCGUCUCCCAACAACGACGAUCUUCCGGGUACCCAGCAUCAUGGACGUCUAGAUGGAAACACCGUCAGCAGCCUCCACCGACCAGACCUCAUAGUCAACCGCAGGACAGCUCACCUUUGCCAUUGAUCCUUGCUCGAAGAGACUCCUCCCAGACAUUGCUGGAUUCGGAAGAGGAGCCCGAACUGGUUCUUUCCAAGUCUAUCCAAAUCGGCCCGGAAGUUUUGUCGGUGAGCCGGUUCCACGCCAACUAUGCUGCGCAGGCCAGCAUCUUAAUAUUCAGUCGAUUGCCCGAGUACUACGACAUUGACCUAUCCGAUGCCAGUCAUGCGCGACACGCCACACACGCUGUGGCCUUGGCGAGUGCUUCUCGGUCACUUCGUCAGUCGGGGCUCAUGGUUGAGGCCCGGCGACAUUACGGGAAAGCGAUUUCGACUCUGAACCAAGCCCUUCAAGAUCCAGUUGCAGUUCGAGAUGAUGCUAACCUGGUCACGUUAUUCUUGUUUGGCAUGUUCGAGGUUAUCAACGGCAAGCGAGGCACAAGCACAAUCGACUUGCAAGAGAAUGUAUUCCCUCACGGUGCCGGAGGCUUGCAGCUGUUCAAGUUUCGCGCAGAUCAUGGCUUGACCAACGAAGUCGACAAAGCCUGCUUCACCUUCUUCUGCCAUGCAGCGUUGAUGGAGAUGUUUAUACAGCGAGACCACUUGACGCCUCUAUGGUCAAUGCUGGAAGAAGUAGAAACCCCGUGGGGCAAGGGCCCUGUUCUCGAGCCGCUUGUUCGACAGGUAGUCGAUUUCAAGAGAGCAUUUGACUUCAAGGUGCAAGUACAGGGCAACUUGACCAAGCUAACCGAUAGCCCACCGGAGGAUUUGCUGGACCUCAUCCGAGGCGGCAUCGAUCUGAGCAGCGAUCUUGAGGCAGCCGUUGCAUUCCUCGGCUUCUCUGGCGCUUCAACGUGUUCCGGACAGCAGCAAAAAGUGUUCAACGGUUUGUUCUCGCUGUCGUCUGAGUCAUCAGUUGCUAUCGCGCGAAGCCACUAUCGUUCGCUUCGUGUAUAUCUUCUAGAGCGAAUUAUCGAGUUGCGAAAUAUUCUCAAGGAGAGCAGCGGCAAAGUCGCCACUAGCUUAGGUCCUAUGCCGAGCUGGUCGGAUGGUGUGUCAGUCGUUGAAGAUGUUCUCGACGACAUCCGGACGGUAUUCGGGCUCGAAGGGAAGGAAGAGGCGCCGAUCGAGGGCCUUGCUUACCGAACUAUGACAAUGUUUUGGCCAAUGGUCAUGGUGCGGACUUCAUGUUUCGCAGGUCCUCAUAAUGGCAGAUGGGUAGCAGAAAAGAUGUUGGAGUUAACUACGGAAUCGGGGUUUGGCCUUGGUGUGGAAGCUGCGAAUGCUUGAAAGCAUCGCUUCAUAAUCAUUAUCACUGAGGCGUGGCACUGUUGAAACGGUGCUGGUGGCCAAACAGGACUAUCAGACUGAUCUCAAUAGCUUCGAUGAGUGGCUUUCAGCUACACAGGCAUGUGGAAACAUGAUCAGAGCGACUGGAACAUUCACAGGGCCAGGAAAUCGGGUACAAAAGGAUGCAUGUACACCUGGGUCACGGUCGGAAAAUGGGACGGAAAUUCUCCCAUAUUGAUGGGGAACUUACGAAUAAGAUACCAAUGACGUUUCAGGAUAAGGAGAA